AUGUGUGGGAAGUCAGCGCCAUUGUACAACGGCUAUUAUCCCGUAUGUGAUCCCGACGAUCCAGGUCAUGCGUGCUGUGGAAAGUUCGGUUAUUGUGGAUCUGGAACAGAGUUCUGUGGUUGUCCUGAAUGUGUUGAUUAUGCUGCCGAUCCGAUGUUAAUUUUGAAAGAACCGAUAAGACCAUCACAGUCGAAAAUCACUUGGUACACAUCCGACGCUCCAGAUGGGAAACGUGGUCGCUGUGGUCCACAGACGCCACCUAUUGAUGGUACUCCGGCAACUUGCAAUCCAGACGACGAAAAAGCACACUGCUGCAGUAAUGGAGGAUAUUGUGGUAAUACCAAG